UAUCAACAACUCAAUUCAUACUCUUCAAAACUCUCUGUUUCUCUUAACUUCUUACUACACAACCAAUUCUUGAACUUUUUUUCUCUUAAAUAAUUUUCCUUUUUUCAUCAAACAAAACAACACACACAAAAAAAUAAAAAUCAAAUGGAAAGGAGUAUUAGUAGCAUAGAUCAAGAGAGCACUACUAGUGACUCUCUCUCCAUUGCUCCAGCGGCAUCGUCGUCGAUGAUUUUACCUGCAUCAACGAUGAUCAAACCGCCGCUGGAGAGCCUUUGCCGGAUGGGGAGUGGGACAAGUGUGAUAAUUGAUGCUGAAAAUGGUGUUGAGGCUGAAUCAAGAAAACUUCCAUCUUCAAGGUACAAAGGUGUGGUCCCACAACCAAAUGGUCGUUGGGGCGCGCAAAUCUAUGAAAAGCAUCAAAGGGUUUGGUUAGGCACAUUCAACGAGGAAAAUGAAGCCGCUAGGGCUUACGACGUCGCGGCCCAAAAGUUCCGAGGCCGCGACGCCGUAACAAAUUUCAAACCCUUGCUUGAGAAUCAAGAAAGCGAUGACAUGGAGAUCGCUUUCUUGAACUCGCAUUCCAAGGCGGAGAUUGUUGACAUGUUACGUAAGCAUACGUAUAUCGAUGAGUUAGAACAAAGUAAGAAAUUAUUUGGAUUUACUAAAGAAGGUAUGAUGAUAAAAAGAAAAGAUGGACUAAUAAUUAGUUCAGUUUUUGGUAGUGCAAUUGAUAGAGUCAACAGCAAAGCGCGUGAACAACUAUUUGAAAAAGCUGUUACACCAAGUGAUGUUGGAAAACUUAAUAGGCUUGUGAUACCAAAACAACAUGCUGAAAAACAUUUUCCAUUACAAAAUGGAAAUAAUUCAAAAGGGGUUUUGUUGAAUUUCGAAGAUUUGAAUGGAAAAGUUUGGAGAUUUCGAUAUUCCUAUUGGAAUAGUAGCCAAAGUUAUGUUUUAACAAAAGGAUGGAGUCGUUUCGUAAAAGAAAAGAACUUGAAAGCAGGUGAUAUUGUGAAUUUUCAGCGAUCCACAAGUGGAGAUAAACAAUUGUAUAUUGAUUUUAAGGCUAAAAAUGUGGGGGGCACAAGUUUGGUCAUUACUAAUCAAGUUCAACCUCAAAUUCAAAUUCCGCAGGUACAAACGGUGAGAUUAUUCGGAGUUAAUAUAUGCAAUGUACCCACGACUGUAAGUAAUGUUGUUAUUGAUAACAAUAAUAAUAACAACAACAAUAAUAAUAUGACUAGUUGGAGUGGGGGCAAAAGGAGGAUGGAGAUGGAAUUGUUGACAUUUGAGUCAUGUAGGAAGAAACAAAGGGUUAUUAUUGAUGCCUUGUAACAUGAUGUAGUACUAGUUACUUUUCCCUUUUUGUUUUUUGUAAUCUUUUUUUUUUGGUACUUUUUUUUUCUUUACUUUAGAAGUUGCAAGUUGCAAAAAGACUUCCAAUUGUAUAUCAGUAUUAGAGAAGAAGAAAUGGCUCAAAAGUGAGCUAUCUUAGGUGAUAUGAAAAACAAAGAUGGAAAUGAAAAAAAAGAAAGAAUUGUGAAUCUUUUCUUUUCAAAA